AUGAAAGGGUGGUAGAAUUAGUAUGAGAUAACAUAAAAAGUAAAUAGGAAUGAUGAUGAUUUUCUUCAAAAAAUAAUGUACUUUGAAAAUAAUGAUUAUCAAAACACUUAAUAAAUAAUAGAUCAAAUAGAUUAUAAAUUUCAUUAGUCUUAAUGUUUUAGCUUACAUUAAUUAAUAGAAUCAAUGGUAAAUUGAUUAUAAUUGUUAGAAUUACAAUUUCACAAAGAUCUAUAAAGGAUAGCUUAUAAUUAUUAUAUUAGAAGUCUUAAAACAUCUUUAAUAAUUACAUAAAUAGAAAAUGUCACAUGGAAAAUUAAUACCUUAAAACAUUAUUAUCUAAUUAAAAAAUGAUAAUAAAUUAACAAUCAUAUAAUCUAAAUUUACAAUACAAAAAGUAUAUUUUAUAAAUUAUAGUAUUAUUGAUCAUUCUAAUUAUCAAUUUAAUUAUAUAGAAGAUAUUAAUUAAAUAAUUGAUUGUUGUAUUUAAUUUAUUUAAGCAUUUUCAAAUUAAUAGUGUUAAUUAUUCAAGACCAUUUGUAAUAUAUUGAAUGAUUAUAAAAAUAAUAUAAAGGAGGAUGAUUUAAAUAAAUUAAUAGACUUUUUUAAUCUUCUAAUUUAAGAGUAUUUAAUAAUAUUAUUUUAUUUUAGUUGUGUUGAUUAAUAAUAGUAAAAGCUUAAAAAAGGUUAAAUUUAUUUAAAUGAAUCAAACAUUUAAGAAAUUAAGUAUUAGGAAGGAGAAGAAUAUGGGAUUUUAUCAAAAAGAUAAAGAAAUAUAACUGCUAUCUUAAAAUUUAUUGAUUAUUUAAAUGAAUAAGGCAUUAUUUAUGAAUUAAAAUAUCUUAAUAAUAAUAAUAAUGAGAACAAUUAUGUAGAUUAAAUUUAAUUAUUUGACACUUCAAAAUUAAGUUAAGAUGAAUUAAAGAUAUUUAAUGUUUUUGAAUCAAUUAUAAAAUAAUAAAUGAUGAAGAUAAUUUGGAAUCACACAGGAGUCUACUUAGAAUCUUGGGAAUCAAAUUUUGAUUUAAUAAUUUAGGCUAUACUUAAAGAAAUUAAUUAAACAAAUAAACAUAUCUUGAAUACUUAAUUAAUUACAAUUCUUAAAGAAUUCAAUAAUAUUAACUAAUUGAAUAAAUAAAUAUAAGAUGAGAUUGAAAAAUAUUAUAGAUUCUAAAUUAAUUAUGAUGAAUAGAAAGCAAAAGAUUAAUUCAUUUUAGAAUUAAAAAUUUAAUCAUAAAAUUACUCUAAAUAGAAUUUUCAAAGCUUUAUUCAUUAAAUCAAAUCUAAUGUAAAAAAUGAAUUAGAAAAUCAUUACAAUUAACUUGUAACGAUCGAGAUUUUAUAAUUAAUCAAUGAUUUAAUUUGA